AGUUACAAAUAUCUUUCCAGAACUUAGACGACAAAGGGCAAAACCAAAACAGAUGAUAUGGUGCCAGACUUUAGACGGGUCCCUCCGGUCUCUCUGGGAGCAUCCUUACGUCACUGCUCCUCUCCUCCUAUUGGUCCAUCUCCCUGCACCUGUUCAUCCCAGCAGCCAAUCACAGGCUCCGCUCGCUCUACCAACCAGCUCCAAGAUGGCGUCUCCCAGAGCUCCGAGCCAGGCAGCAUCUAGAUCCGGAGCCCUGCCGCGGGUCUAACUCAUGAGGAGGCCGAGCAGGAGCAGCACACAGCGGCCCUCAUCCUCCACCUGCCCCCGGUCCUGCCCCGGGUCCUGGUCCGGGUCCUGGUCCGGGUCCCGGUCCGGUCUGAAGGGGCUCUGAGGUCCGACCAUGGCCACCGAGAACAGGAUCCAUUUCUGGAGGAGGACCAGCACCAAGGCUCCCGGAAGCGUCCAGCCGGUUUACGGAGCGCAGCACCCGCCUCUCGACCCGCGGUUACGGCGCACAUAUCCCAAAGACACGAAGUCCAAGCUGAACAACCUGAAGUCUAAGAAGGCGUCGAGCUUCCACGAGUUCGCCCGCAGCACCAACGACGCCUGGGACAUCAACGAGGAGGAAGACGAGGAGUUCCUGGCUUCUCCUGCUGCGACUUCAUCACUCCCACCAUGUCUCCACUUCCUGCCAACACACAACCAGCAGCAGAAUCAGAAUCAGGCUGAUGAGAGAGAAUCUGGAGUGGUUCAGAGGCUGGAGCCUCCCAGGACAGAAGCUCCACACCUCCACCAUGUGACCCAGGAGGAGCAGGAGCAGCAGGAGGAGCAGGAGGAGCAGCAGGAGGAGCACGUCAACGGGGAGCUGGUGAAGUCUGGUAGUGAGGCUCACCUCAGCAGGUCCUCAGGCGGCUCUUCCCUCCAGCAGCAGCGCUCCCUCCCAGUGCGUCCCAUCAUCCCUCUGGUGGCUCGCAUGUCGGACCAGAACGCGUCCGGAGCUCCUCCCAUGACGGUCCGAGAGAAGAGCCGGCUGGACAAGUUCAAGACGCUGCUGGCCAGCCCCAACACUGACCUGGAGGAGCUCCGGAAGCACAGCUGGUCAGGAAUCCCCAGAGAAGUCCGGCCCAUCACAUGGAGACUUCUCUCUGGAUAUCUGCCGGCCAACAAGGAGCGCAGAGAGCUGGUGCUGAAGAGGAAACGGGACGAAUACUUUGGCUUCAUCGAGCAGUAUUACCACUCCAGAACAGACGAGAACUACAAGGACACAUACAGACAGAUCCACAUCGAUAUUCCCAGAACCAACCCUCUGAUCCCCUUGUUCCAGCAGCCCACCGUCCAGGAGGUGUUUGAGCGUAUCCUGUUCAUCUGGGCGAUCCGUCACCCAGCCAGCGGCUACGUCCAGGGCAUCAACGACCUGGUCACGCCCUUCUUCGUCGUCUUCCUCUCCGAGUUUGUCACAGAAGAUGUGGAGAACUUUGAGGUGUCAGCUCUUCCUCUGGACACUCAGAGGAACAUCGAGGCCGACAGCUUCUGGUGCAUGAGCAAGCUGCUGGACGGGAUCCAGGACAACUACACGUUUGCUCAGCCUGGGAUCCAGAACAAGGUGAAGGCUUUAGAGGAGCUGGUCAGCAGGAUCGACGAGGACAUUCACAAUCAUUUUAAGAGGUACGAGGUGGAGUACCUGCAGUUUGCUUUCCGCUGGAUGAACAACCUUCUGAUGAGGGAGCUGCCGCUUCGCUGCACUAUCCGUCUCUGGGACACCUACCAGGCUGAAUCUGAAGGAUUCUCCCACUUCCACCUCUACGUCUGUUCUGCUUUCCUCAUCGAGUGGCGCAAAGAAAUCCUCUCCAUGGUCGACUUUCAGGGCCUCCUGAUGCUCCUGCAGAACCUUCCUACCAUCCACUGGGGCAACGAGGAGGUGGGCCUCCUUCUGGCUGAGGCCUACAGACUCAAGUACAUGUUUGCAGACGCUCCCAGCCACUACAAGAGAUAGAUACUGGAGGUAGGAGGCUGCUCCCAGUCAGACCAGUACACAGUCUUAAUCCAGAACCACAGCAGACUGGAACUGGAAGGACUCCCAGUGUGUGAGACGCUCCAGACUACAGAUCUGGUCCUGAGGUCACCUGGAACAGACUGCCCAGGUCUCAACUCUUCUCCUGUGAAAAUCAAGUCCAGUGAAUGUCACGUCAUGCUGCGUUCAAAUGCACUCGGAACUCGGAAAGAUCCGAGUUGGAAAUUCCGACUUCGGAGGUAAAUGCGUUUCAUUGCUCAACCUCUAAAAAAAACAUGGCCGACCACAGCAAACUGAUGUUUGUCUGGAGAAAUUAUUAGAAUUAGAAAUUAUUCAUCAGCUACUUUAGAGACAAAAAUAUCAUUAAAUCUUAUCAAUUUCCUGGAUAUAAUAAAAAGAAGUGCAGUAUUACACCUUAUAGACUAAUGUAGUUUAAAUAUGGGACAAACUAUAAUAUUUUUGACACUUUUAUUGAGCUUUUUCGUCCCUACUACGCUCACACAAACUCUUUAAUGAACAGAGUGGGAGAGCAAAUACCACCACACAGUAAUCCUGCACUUUUAGUAACACAAAUGAUAAAUUAAACGACUAAAUGUUGAAGAUAAAGUGACUGUUUUCCACGUAUUUCCGACCUACUCGGCUGCUUGGAUCCUACUUGAAUUCCCGAGUCGGAAUCCCGAGUUCAAGUUCCGUUCUGUUGCAGUUUUCCCACUCGGAGGUCGGAUCUUUCCGAGUUCGGAGUGCAAUUGAACGCAGCGUUAGAGUUGAUGGUGCCCCCAUACGGCUCAGAGAACAUGAGACUACUGUACUAUAUGGAUGGACUGUUACAGUAUGAUAACCAUAGCUAUGCCACAUAUACAAACUGUACUUAUACAGGUGUUGUUCAUGCAACAGUAACUGUCUCUGCAGUGGAACCAACACUGAUAAAAAAAGGUGUUUAAAACAAGAUCAAACAGUAAAUCUGAGGGAAAUGAUCUUGCUGCAUGGACAGAUAAUUUACCUUGACAAGAUUUAUUAAAUUAAGAUUAUUAAAUCUAGAAAUAAGCAUGUUGAACACUUAAAAUAAGAAAUUAACUCUUCAAACAAGAAUAAAACCAGUUAAACCAGAAUAAAACCAGAAUAAAACCAGAAUAAAACCAUUUAAAACCAGAAUAAAACCAAGAGAUUUCUUAAAUUAAGAUUAUUAAAUCUAGAAAUAAGCAUGUUGAACACUUAAAAUAAGAAAUCAACUCUUAAAACAAGAAUGAAACCAGAAUAAAACCAGUUCAAACCACUUAAAACCGCAUAAAACCAAAGAUUUAUUAAAUUCAGAUUAUUAAAUGUAGAAAUAAGCAUGUUGAACAUACAAACCAGAUAAAUCAAAGAAUAAAGCUGCCAGCAGUGAAGAGUUCAUUUUAUGACUUCAACUUUUCAUUUCAAAAUAAUAACUUUUUUUUAAAAUGUCAUUUCAACUUUUAUCUCAUGAUUUCGACUUUUAUAUCAUAAUUUUAAAAAAUUCAAUCUCAUAAUUUUGACUUUUAUCUCAUAAUUUCCAUUUUUUUAUCUCAAAAUUAUGACUUUUUUAAAUCUCAUUUCAACUUUUAUCUCAUGAUUUCGACUUUUACAUCAUAAUUAAAACAUUUUAAUCUCAUUAUUUCGACUUUUAUCUCAUAAUUUCCAUUUUUUAUCUCAAAAUUAUGACUUUUUUAAAUGUCAUUUCAACUUUUGUCUCAUAAUUUCGACUUUUAUAUCAUAAUAAAAAAAAUGCAAUCUCAUUAUUUCGAUUUUCUCAUAAUUGAAUUUUUUUUAUCUCAAAAUUAUGACUUUUUAACCUCAUAAUUUCAAUUUUUAAUCUCAUAAUUUCGACUUUUUCAUAAUUUAGCAGCGAUGAACUGGCCCGAGCAGAGUGACCUGAUGAUUAUUUGUUUCUUACCAAGAUUUAAAAAAAAACUUUAGAUUUAGAAGUGUUAGAUCAUUUAUCUGGUUUUAAGAGUUAAUUUCUUAUUUUAAGUGUUCAACAUGCUUAUUUCUAGAUUUAAUAAUCUUAAUUUAAUAAAUCUUGUCAAGGUAAAUUAUCUGUCCAUGCAGCAAGAUCAUUUCCCUCAGAUUUACUGUUUCAUCUGGUUUUUUUAUCAGUGUCCACUCAGAGGAACAUGCUGUAAUAUAAAGGGAUAAUGUGAGAUUAUUAUAAUUUUCUUGACGGAUGGCUUGUACAGAUUAUAUUAUUUUAAAGAUUUGUUUUGGUUGUUGUUGUACAAGGGAAACAUUUAGAUGUAAGAUGACUUUAUUUUCUCUUUGAAAACACACUAACUCCAGAUCACUGUCUAAUGCAGCAGAAAAACAACAACAACAACAACAACAACACAUGUUUACUGUCCUACAAAGUCUAACUGCAGUAACUAGAUUUAUGGUCGAAAUUGGAAUUUAGGUUUUCAUUUAGCUUUAUUUCAGAGGAAUAAUGAUUGCAGUAACUACAAAAUCCAGGAAAAAAGUGAGAUAAAAUCCAAUCCACUUUAUUUAUAGAGCACAAUUUUAGCAAACACAAGGUUUCCAAAGUGCUGCACAAUAAUAAACAGAUAACACAAUACAAAGAGAUGUUAAAAAAAAACACAAUAGAAAAGUAAAAUACAGUAAGAUAAAAUAAAUUAUAAAUAGAAUAAAAUAAAUAAAAUGUACUGCCCACACAAAAUAAAAUAUGCAUUUAUACAAAUAAAAACAUAAAAACAUAAAAUCAACACUCUACAUGGUGUUAAAAGCCAACAAAAAUUAUAUUAAGACUAAAAUAUAACAUUACUUUAUAAUAUUAAGUCUAAAAUACACAAAUAUAGUUUGAAUAGAGUUGUUAAACACUUUUAAAACAACAUUAUAGUUCCUGCUCUCUGUUUAUCAUCACUGUUAGAACCUUUUACAGCAAAACCAGAGACAGAAACUAUGUUUUUGGGGUCAAAGGUCAAAUAAAUCAUCAUGAUUUUUUAGCAUAAAAAUGACAUCAUCAAUACAUGUAGAAAUAAGUGUCAUAUCACUUAUCUAACUAUAACACAUUAGGCUGGACAGUUAAAAAACUUUU